AUGUCUCGAGAACUCAUUAGCAACGAAGAAUUCCCCACCAAGCCCCACAACUGCCCUGCUGUCAAGGUCCCCGGGCUCGUCUUCUGUGCUGGCCAGACUGCUACUGGAGAGAUCAAGCAAGCGACUCUCAAAGUCCUCACUAACCUGAAAAAGCUCCUCGAGCUUUCCGGCAGUUCUCUGGAUCAGGUCGUCAAGUACAAUGUCUAUCUCAAAGAUAUGAAGGACUUUGCCGCUAUGAACGAAGUGUACAUUGAUUUCCUCCCCAAGGCCAUGCCUUCAAGGACCUGUAUUCAGGCUGGUGACCUCCCUGGAGAGGGGACUAUCAUCGAGAUCGAGUGUAUCGCCCAGGUGUGA